CUGGCCCGGGCCUGGGCCCAGUGGCAGUCCAUAGUUAGUAGAAAGUGCCUGCCGCAGUGCGGCCUCAUCAUGAUGUGGAUGUCUGAGAUCCAGGCCUUGGAAUUAUGGGUUCCUGCAUAGCUACCCGUAGGUACAUACCGUGAUCCAUACUGUAGUACUACCCCCGUAGUUGGUACAAGCUGGUACCUACCUACGGUACAGUACCUGCCGUACCGUACCGUAGGUAGGUACCUACGGUACGGUACUUCGAUACCUACGGUAUCAUACUAUGUGGGGAAGAAAAUGCUCUCACAAGUAAAAUCUAGAGUAACAUCUUUUCUCUUUCAGCUCAUCUUAAAUCGUCUCCUUGGCCGCGUGCUAAAGAAAAAACUUCAGGAGAUUGACGUCCAUGACGGAAUUGUAACAUGCAAUAAUGUAGCACUGGAUGAAAAGGCGGUGGGCGCGCUCUUAUUACAGUGAGAUGCAAUGUACAAAGUCAGAUUUACGAGUAGCGUUGUACCUGUCCUAGGCCUGGCUGGACGAUCACAAAUUGCGUGGUGUUGCACGUUGUGCGGCAUGCAGAGUCUAGUGAUUUAGCUGCGGAGAUUGUUGCACGUAGUAUCAUUGCAGGAACUUGUUGCCACAAGCUUAAUAUCGAUGCAUCGAGAUGGCUGUGUACUCAGACUCAAAGGUGUUCAUGUGGAAGCAUCUACGUCGGACCGGUGUUUCAUUGGUAGCUUUCAACUGAUUCUGAGUCCGUGCAGGAUUGGACCUGGGGGGGCUCGCAAGAUGGAUGCCUCCAAAUCCAAAGGCGUAGCCAGCAGGGACGUAUGCUGUGUGGCUGCUAACUUGCAGAAUGCCCUGGUGCGAUGGGUUAUGCAGGGGGCGCAGCGAACCUUGGUGGAUGUAUCAGGCAUAACGGUGGCAAUAGAAAAUUCCAAAAUACCUAUAUUGCGCUUCAAACUGGCAGAGCUUAAGCUCCACACGUGCACUGAAAGCAGAAGAUCUGCGCUGAGCUGGGGUCGGCUCUCAGUAUCAGUCGGCAAUGAUGUUGGCCUCUCUGAACUCGAAAGUGGGCACGCUAUGAUUCGUGAAUUGGCAGAGUCUUUUGACAUUGACAUCCAUAUCACGUCGCCAAGCUUUCGUGCACCACUGGUUGCCGACAUGUCAUUUGGGACUCUGCUCCAUACCUCCCAAGGUCAAAACCAACAUGCUUAUCAAAGUAGAGGAGUAAUCAAUACACGUCAUUCCGAUGUUACUUGCUCUGGGAAGGACACUCGAAAAGUGAUUCAAAGCACAAUGUAUCGCUCGUUGACUGGUACAAGCACCAAGAAUGCAAGUAGUGUUUUUGAAUGCGAUGGUUCUUUCUGCAAAUGCCAGCCGCCUCAGCUGAAGAUCCCGAAGCUUAGGCAGACUACUGUACGCGUGACAAUUUUGGGCAACGUCAAAGUCAUAAUAAACGAUAACGCCGAAACAGCGACCCUGGGUCUUUUUAAACUGCGUUUCGUCGGCACCUCUUUGUCAUUUGUUGGAAAAGCCGCCAGUGUCAACUUGAGAGCUCGAGCUGCGCACGGGAUGCUCAUCAGCUUAAGUCUGUGUAUUGAACUAGCUGUAGAUGUCAAAGAGUGGACAGCAAGCAUGUUGAGAUGCGCAUUCUUGAGCUCUGAUGCGACAAUCUUUGCUCGCUGGAGAGCUAGGUGCUUAAAUUUGCUUGACACACUGUGGCCUGGUGAUGCUCAUGACAUGAUCAACGCCACUCCGGUUUCAUGUCGAGCUGUCGUCAGCAUAGCUUCAAUGCGAGUUGCCUGGAUAUUGCGCACUGUAGAUGGCAUGUGGCACCUAACUGCCUCCCUCAGGAAGACGAAUUUGUCGAUAGUCUCGCAUUCCUCCUCGCAUGCCUCGUCCCUCUGGGCUGCUGAGCUCAAGGAAGGCUCCCUGUGGAUUAAUCAGAAUUGUAUUGCCAGUAUUGACGCAACUAACACCCAUUUAUGCCGCAUUGAAGUCCAAUCGAUUGAGUCAUGUCCUCCUUUAUCACGCCCAGCGUUGGCUGCUUAUAGAAACAAAAAUAAUCGUGAACAUGGCAGCUGUCUAUCACGCCAAGGGCAUAGCAAAAGCCCGGAACACGAAUCAAUCAUGAAGACACACUAUGUUAUUUAUAUCCCCAGCUUUUGCUGCCUUGUCUCUUGUGAUACUAUUGCUGUCACAGCGUCCACUACCCGCAAAUUUGUGGGUAACUUGGAUGACUGUGACUCCGCCAUUGUCAGCUUUGACUUGAUUUUGGGCUCUCUUGCAAUGUGUCUCCUAGAAGACACUGAAGAAGAACGGUGGGAUGCCAUAGACUGGCAACAAGGGCCUCCCAACACCCUCCUGGUGACAAUGCGAGGGAUCGCAAUCACAACAGACAACCAAGCCGCAUAUUUUAAGGUAGUGGAUGCACGCAUAGUUUACGACAAUCAAGUGGUGGUAUGCAAGCGGCGCUCAAAGAGCCCAACUCAGACUGACCAAAACAUGGUACACCAGGGGCUCAUUGUUGGUGAAUACGCCCCGGAAGGGACAGUAUCAUUGUCCAUACACGGGGCGGCAUGCCGCUUAUUGGUACCACACCGUCGCAUCAGUGUGCUUUUUGAUGCAACCCGCCUCAGGUUUGGCACCCCUUCCAGUUCUGUAGUCACAAAAUGGUUCAUUGUUUUCCUUGACACCACCUUAGAAUACAUACCUCGUGCAGUCUCAUUUCAUGACCUUCGUGCUGUGUUGACUGUCGCUGUCCUGCAAUUUUGCUCAAUGUCCGUUGUUGGCAAGUUAACCUCUUUUGCUUCUGGUUUAAUGAGGGACACAAUGAUUUUGUUGAAGAAUAAACAUGCUGGAGUAGAAAUUGAGAAUGAGGCAGAGCGCUGUAAUUAUGUACAGGCUGCAACUAUAGACGUGAUUGACGUCGUAGUGGCCGCUGAUAGCUUGAAAGCUAGAAACAUCCAUUUGUACCUGAAUGGUGACACGGCUCGUAUAUAUUGUUGCUCUGAUUCUCUACAGACGCUCAUUCACCUAUUCUUUGCUGUCAAGGAAGAAGUUGUAGAAUGGACUGCAGUUGGUGGCAGAUUGGAAGGAACUGUGACAGUAGGCGAGAACGCGUCGUCGCAAGAUGACAACAAAUCACAGUACGUAACAGCAAAAGUCAUGGGGGAACAGAGUCCACCUCUACCGAAUAGCACGGCAGUCUGGUAUGAUGGCGUGUAUCCCGAGAUGCUUCAAGAUCAUGUGUCAGAGCCCAAUUUGAAGAGUAAAUUGAGGAUUGGGAUGCUGUGUUCGGAGAUUCUAUGCGUUUGUGUACAAGUAAGGGAAAUUCACCUCGGCCUCUUUGCUGGUUGUGACUGGGGUAAAGUGCAGAGAGGGCGACCGCGAAACCUAAAAUGCAAUUCGAUACAUAUCCAGGACCAGAGAAACGUCAAUAAAUUACUAGAGGUCGUCUUGUUGUGUAGUAAAUUUUGUACUUCUACUUCCACUAGCCUUCAGACAGGAUGCGAUGUGCGUGUGGGCGAUUUUUCUGUCUCCGAAUCACUGUCAUCACCUCGAGAACAGGCGCUAAAGCGUAUGCUAGGACAUUGGCAAUCACACGAUGCACAUCCACGUGAGACUGGUGAAGCACUCUUGCACUUUCGUGCAUUAAUUGAUGGGCCAACUACAGCAAUCAAGGUGAAACUACUGCCGCUUCGGUGUUGUCUAGAUGCCGAAGUUAUCAAUUUCCUCACUAGUGUUUUUAGUGAGGUGAAGUUUCAGAGUAAAGAUGGGUCCCCAUUGGUCAGGUUUCCGUGCCUGGAGCCACGGCCAGCAAAACAUGAGUGUCAUCUUGUUCUUGACGUAGCACCACUCUCCCUGAAGCUCGACUACAGCCCUAGGCAGAUAAGUGUGACGCGGCUGUGCUCUGACUCCCUAGAUGAUAUGUUCCAGAUGUUCACUCUCGAGCGAGUCGAGGUCACAACAAGGCCCUGCCGUAUAGUCUCAAAUGCACUGGCAUCUGCAUUGCACCGUCUUUGGCGUGUUUGGUCGCAUGAGCUGUCUAGUGAACAAUUUUACAGAUUUAUCCAAGGCGCUUCCAUCAUUCGUCCAAUCCAUGUCAUCGGCAGGUCAAUAUCUCGCGCAAUUCACCACACGCUCGUGAUCAAAACUCGGCCUCACCAGUGGCCUGUGUUCAGGCACGAGUUAGCCAAAUGUAGCCGAGUUCUUGUGUGCGAGUCUGUUCGCGUGGGCCGAUCUCUUGUCUCACAUCUUACUACUGCCCUCAAUGAUAUAGCCAACAGACUUGAUGGCCACGAUAGUAGCUCCUCUCUUGCCUGGAAUGCUCGUGGGACCACAAAUGAUGUACGUGCUCAUCACUUUGAAGAUGCGCGCAAUGCAAUUGUCAACGGGUUAGAAGAUGCACAUCAAGCAUGUGUUGCUGCCUUAUCUCGAUCGUCGCCCCAUCAACUUGUAACGGUGGUGCCUGUCGUAGUCCUCCGUCCCACUGUUGGUCUAACCCGAGCCACUACUGCCCUUCUCCUUAGCCUCGAGAAAACUUUAGAUAUUGACGGGGAGUCGGACAUCCCCCUGAAACAAGGAGGCAGCUUGCAAUUCUAGCUUGUAAUAUAUACUGCACUUGCAAAUUACGCAGAGACACUACUAGUUGCUUCCGGUGCAAACAUUUUUACUACUUGUAGUAGUA